AUGCGGCAACCACCUGGGUAUGAAGACCCGGUACACCCAGAUUACGUGUGUCACCUACAGCGGUCCCUGUAUGGUCUCAAGCAAGCUCCCAGGGCCUGGUUUCAUCGGUUACAUGAAUUUCUCCUGUCUACAGGCUUUGUGGCGUCUAAAACUGAUGUUUCUCUCUUUUAUUAUACAGUACAAACCUCUCGUGUCUAUCUACUGGUUUAUGUAGAUGAUAUCAUCAUGAUGGGAAAUGAUUCCGCCCUACUAACCACGUUGUUAGCCCGUCCCUCGGCGGUUUUCAAGAUUAGAGAUUUGGGUACUCCGACCUUCUUUCUUGGCAUUGAGACAGUACCUAUUGAUGGGGGCUUAUUACUUUCGCAGCGUCGGUACAUGGAUGACAUUCUGACUCGUGCUGGCAUGGUGGACUGCAAAUCUCUCUCUACACCAGCGGCAAUCACUAAAGCCGCCUCACCGUCUACAGCUCCUUAUGAGAACCCUACGCAAUAUCGUAGGCUAGCUGGGGCACUCCAGUAUCUCACUAUCACUCGGCCGGACCUGUCUUUUGCUGUAAACAGACUAUGUCAGUUCAUGCAUGCGCCAACUGAGGAGCACUGGGGAUGUCCGGUUGACAGGAAGUCCACUAGCAGGUAUGCAGUUUUUUUGGGCACGAACCUUGUAUCAUGGGUAUCACGGAAGCAACGCACCGUCGCCAGAUCGUCCACUGAGGCAGAGUACAAGGGUCUGGCAGAUGUGGCUGCUGAGGUCACAUGGGUUAUGUCUCUCCUACGGGAACUCGGUUUGCACUCCGGAUCACCUGCCACACUAUGGUGUGACAACUUAGGGGCAACAUACAUGUGCGCCAAUCUAGUUUUUCACGCUCGGACAAAACAUGUCGAGAUCGAUUACCAUUUUGUUCGAGACAAGGUUUCUUCGGGGGAGUUCUUAGUUAACUUUGUGUCAACCAAAGAUCAGCUCGCCGACAUCUUCACCAUACCUCUUGCAUCUACACGCUUCGCUUCUUUGCGGGACAAGCUAAAUGUUGUCUCGUUACCACCUUCAGCUUGA